UUAGCCCCGAGCUCCUCAGCAUCCUCAAAGAGAAACCUGGGAGGCUGGGAUAUGGUGAGCGCCCUGAAGCCAGCCCCCUCUGACAGCUUCCUCUCGGCCAAGCCCUGCCUCUGUGCCGCCCAGAGUGGGCAGCUGCAGGCUGCGGCCGCAGCCCAGAGCCCGAGAUGGAGCCCCAGCUGGGGCCCGAGGUAGCUGCCCUCCGCCCAGGCUGGCCGGCCGUGCUGCUGCUGUCGGUCUCAGCCCUGAGCUGCUCUUUCUCCUCGCUGGCUUCACCGCCUCCUUCUCUGGUGCCCCAAGUCCGAACCAGCUACAAUUUUGGAAGGACUUUCCUCGGUCUUGAUAAAUGCAAUGCCUGCAUCGGGACAUCUAUUUGCAAGAAAUUCUUUAAAGAAGAAAUAAGGUUUGACAACUGGCUGGCUUCCCACCUCGAACCUCCUCCCGAGUACCUGCCUUCUUAUCCUGCAAAUUAUUCAGAUGAUUCCAAAUCCUGGCGCCCUGUGGAGAUCUUUAGGCUGGUCAGCAAAUACCAAGAUGAGAUCUCGGACAGGAGAAUCUGUGCUUCUGCAUCAGCCCCGAAGACCUGCAGCAUCGAGCGUGUCCUGCGGAAAACAGGGAGGUUCCAGAAAUGGCUGCAGGCCAAGCGCCUCACGCCAGGCCUGGUGCAGGGCCUGCCCAGCCCCCUCCUGCGCUGCCCGUCGCAGCGACUGCUGGACCGCGUGGUCCGACGCUAUGCUGAGGUGGCCGACGCCGGCAGCAUCUUCAUGGACCACUUCACCGACCGCGACAAGCUGCGCCUGCUCUACACGCUGGCUGUCAACACGCACCCCAUCCUCCUACAGAUCUUCCCUGGGGCCGAGGGAUGGCCACUGCCCAAGUACCUGGGCUCCUGUGGCAGGGUCCUCGUCAGCACCAGCACCAGACCCCUGCAGGAGUUCUACGGCGCAGCCCCAGACCAGGCAGCCGACCUCGCCUACCAGCUCCUUGGCGUCCUGGAGUCUCUGAGGAGCAACGAUUUGAACUAUUUCUUUUACUUCACCCAUGUCGACGCAGGCAUGUUUGGCAUCUUUAACAACGGGCAUCUGUUCAUCCGGGAUGCCAGCGCACUGGGAGUCAUCGACAAGCAGGAAGGCAGCCAGGCAGCCUCCGGGGCAGUUGAGAAUAAAGACAUCUUUAGCUGCCUUGUGUCUGGCUGCCAGGCCCAGCCGCCCUCCUGCGACACCAUCCCUGAGAAGCAGAGCCUGGUGCUGGUGUGUCGGCAGUUGCUGCCUCGACUUCUCCAGGGGAGGUUCCCCUCCCCGGUGCAAGAGGAGAUAAACUCUGCUCUCACUCAGUGCGGGGAUGACGUCCGCCCAGACCCCGAGGUCCUCAGGGCCGCCAGCAGGCUGAAGGCUAUCUUGAGGCCCCUGCGAACCUGUGAUCCCAGAUUUGCCUACCGCUACCCGGACUGCAAGUAUAAUGAUAAGUUCUGAGGGGCUGGAGCUGACUGGCCUCAGGGGACAACAAGCUUGGCUCUCCGUUCCCCUAGUCAGGUUGCUGCAAGCUCCAUUUUAAACAUUAGGAGAAAAGCAUUUUCCUUUCCCAGGGACUGAGGAACAUGGGAACUACCAGAGGGGAGCUGUGUGAUAUGGCAUGAUUGCUCCCGCUGGCUGGGACAUUCCAGCAGAGCCCAAGUGUAGGCAGCAGAAGACCCAGGUGUGGACACAGGCUUGGUGCCUUUUAGCCUCAGUGGCCUCUGUUUACCAGACUCUCCUGAGGGUGGAAGAAGAGAGAGUUGUGAGGGGCUUGGGACACAUUCUCACCACCUCCAGCCCAGGUGGCUACAAAGUAUGUUCUAGAAGCUCACACUAAAUGAGUGAUUAUUUUAUUAGGGGAAACGCCAUGUGAAAGGAAAGAGGGAGGGAGCCAGAGAAUGCUGGGAGAGAAAUUCAAAAGGUCGUCGGGCUGUCCUUGAGGCAAAGCCGGCCGUGAAUGGACCCCCAGUAGUCCCCCUGCUGCACUCAGGAGCAACAGCUCCUGGGAAGCCUGGCCUCGGCCCACCUGCAGAGAUAGAUUUCAAAGCACAGCAGCUGGAUCAGUUCCAUCCUUAUAGAGCAGGAAGUCUGAGGGGAAGAACAUUCUUGUAGCCACAGCUGGGGACCGGGCCAGCUUUCUCUAUGCUGCAUGCUCCAGUGCAGACUCUAAGGAG